CAGCAAGUGCUCAGUUCAAGUCGACGAACGCUGCCGAGCGGUUGGGUUGUUGCGCCGCGUGUCUCGCUGAAAGCCGAAUUGCCGUUACACGCUGAUGUGUGCCAUCGCCACGAUGAUGAUGAAGCAGCCAAUAAUGAAGUUAAUAAUUGUGCAGUGAAAACGGUUCAAAGAGAGUGCCCGAGAGAGUGUGUGUGUGCAAAUCAAUGCUGGGAAAACUCAUCACGCGACCCUCGCAACCCACCCUCCCCGCCACCGCCUGCUGUGUGUAAUGUCCACGCGAUUAGCAGGGACUCGUGUGUAAAUUUGAAUUUGGACCGAGGUUCGUCGUAACGGGACCACGACUACUGUUCGGUGCGGUGCGGUGCGGUCGUAACGCGACUCCGAAUUAAAGCUUUGCGUGGCAAAAAACGCUAACCCAAGCAGAAAGCAGAAAGCAGCCAACAAAAAAAAAAAGGAAAUAAAAGAAAUACAAAUUUUGUGGGAAAAAAUCCUCAAGGAAAACAAAAAAAAAAGCAGAGAGGGAGUGCGCAAAAGUUGCGUAGGAGAAAUAAGAAAUUCAGUGGCAAAAAAAAAAAUACGAUUAUCAUCCGCAACAGCAAGAGGAGUGUUGUGUGUGUGUGUGCGUCUGUUGGUGUGUGCGUGUGUUAGUGUGUGUGUGGGCGUCUAGGGCCGGUGGCCGUUAAUUACGGAAAAACAUGAAAAUCUACGCAAAAACUAAAACACAGGCCCGAGCAUGGGUAAUUAAUCAAUUUUCCGCUUGACCAAUAAGGAAGAAUAUAUCCAUAACAUAAUUAAAGAAUAAAACUUAAAAAAAAAACUGAAGAAAAGCAGACAUAUCCAGUGAAAACGUAUAUCCCCCCCCCUCGACCACCACCAAUGAUAUCAGAGCUGUUUGUAGACUGGGCCUGUGCCUAGAAACGCUCCAAAGACGAACCAAAGACUUUAACGUGAGGCUCAAGGAUCACUAGAGAAGCCCGUACAAUGCUUAUCCGGGGAUUGCUGAUGCUAGUGCUGCCCUCGAUCAUCCUAGGCAAUCGCUACAAUCAGCUGCACUUGUACGCCAAUGGAGGAGGGGCAGGCGGAGGUGGAGCCCCAUCGGCAGCGGGGACUGGCACCUACAGGACCUCCACUUCGGCCCAGCAGAACGAGGUCUACUCCGUGGCGGACAGCCAGCCCAUGACAGAGGAUGGCUAUAUGCCAACGAAUCAGCAUUUCCCGCACCAAUCGCUCCCGGAUCUCGAUACGAAUCCCGCCCAGAGCACCUGCCAGACGGUGUGCGCCUGCAAGUGGAAGGGCGGCAAGCAGACGGUGGAGUGCAUCGAUAGACACCUCAUCCAGAUACCCGAGCACAUCGACACGAACACCCAGGUGCUGGACAUGUCCGGCAACAAGCUGCAGACGCUCUCCAACGAGCAGUUCGUGCGGGCCAAUCUCCUGAAUCUGCAGAAGCUGUAUCUGCGCAACUGCAAGAUCGGGGAGAUCGAGCGGGAGACCUUCAAGGGGCUGACCAAUCUGGUGGAGCUGGACCUCUCGCACAACCUGCUGGUGACGGUGCCCAGCCUGGCUCUGGGGUACAUCUCCUCGCUGCGGGAGCUGACGCUGGCCUCCAAUCACAUCCACAAGAUCGAGGGCCAGGCCUUCGGGAACACGCCGUCGCUGCACAAGCUGGAUCUCUCCCACUGCGACAUACAGACGAUCUCCGCGCAGGCCUUCAGCGGCCUCCAGGGCCUCACGCUGCUCCGGCUGAACGGCAACAAGCUGAGCGAGCUGCUGCCCAAGACCAUCGAGACGCUGAGCCGCCUCCACGGCAUCGAGCUGCACGACAACCCGUGGCUCUGCGACUGCCGCCUGCGGGACACCAAGCUCUGGCUGAUGCAGCGCAACAUCCCCUAUCCGGUGGCGCCGGUGUGCUCCGGCGGACCCGAGCGGAUCAUCGACCGGAGCUUUGCCGACCUGAACGUGGACGAGUUCGCCUGCCGCCCGGAGAUGCUGCCCAUCUCGCACUACGUGGAGGCCUCCAUGGGGGACAAUGCAUCGAUCACGUGCCGGGCCAGGGCCGUGCCGGCGGCCAACAUCAACUGGUACUGGAACGGACGCCUGCUGGCCAACAACAGCGCCUUCACGGCCUACCAGCGCAUCCACAUGUUCGAGCAGCUGGAGGGCGGCGGCGGCUUCGAGAAGAGAUCCCGGCUGGUGCUCACCAACGCCCAGGAGACGGACUCCAGCGAGUUCUACUGCGUGGCGGAGAACAGGGCCGGCAGCGCCGAGGCAAACUUCACGCUCCACGUGAGCAUGCGGGCCGCCGGUAUGGCCUCCCUGGGCAGCGGCCAGAUCGUGGGCCUCAGUGCCGCCCUGGUGGCGCUCAUUGUGUUCGCCCUGGGCGUGAUCAUGUGCCUGUUGCUGCGCGUGAAGCGGCAGCCGUAUGUCGACAGCAAGACGCCCAACCACAUGGAGGUGAUCACCUCGGUCAACCACCAGAACUCCAUCACGAACAAGACGCAGCCGGUGACCGGAAACGGCAGCAUCGGCGGCGUGGUCAUAGCCAACGGCGCGGUGGCCAACUGCAUCGACGGGGCCCUCAAUCAGGCCGGAACGCUGGAGCGGAAGAGCAGCGGCCGGGGCUCGCAUGCGGCCGGACACGAGCGCAGCGCCAAUCCCGUCCAGAAGCCGCCGCGACUCACGGAUCUGCCCUACUCCACGCAGGGAUACGACAAUGCCGGCAGCGUCCUCUCCACGGCCUCGUGCUUCAUCUCGCCCACGGGCUCCGGCAAUGGGGGCAACAAUCCCGAUCUGAUCAACGACACACAGCGCUUCGGCAGCGACGAGUUUGCCGACCUCAAGAUCCCCAUUGUGGGGGGAGUGGGCGGAGUGGGCGGAUUGGUGGGCGGCGGUGGCAGUGGGGAAUACAGUCGGGCCAAUGGCUGCGACUCCCUCUACCCCUCCGGACUGUGGGAGCACGCCGCUCCGGCGGGCACCAGCUCGGCGGACGAUCUCUUCAUGAAGCGCUACACGGACAAGACGCCCAUCAUCGACUCCGGCCAGCUGUACGACCUGCACGAGCGCUCGGCGGCCACGGAUUACUUCAGCAAGACCUUCCCCCGGUCCCAUCUGCAACAGGGCGCGGGCGCAAGCGGGGGCGGGGGCACAGGAGGAGGAGGAGCCGGAGCCGUAUCGACCACAUCCACGGCCACGACAAACCUUUCGGGUGGCUCCUCGUCCGGCUAUCCGAAUGACUACGGCCUGCCGCUGGUGCCGGGAGCGGAACACCAGCACAACCACCAGCUGCAGAUGCAUCCGCUGCAGCAGCUCCAGCAGCAGUUGACCUCCACCCUGAACCACCAGCACGGAGCGGGCGGUGGCGGGGGCAGUGCCGGCGGCUCGGCGGGCAGCAGUCCCCACUUCAGCAGCCGCACUCUGCCACGCCUGCACGGGGGGGGCAACAGUUCGCGCUCCUCCCCCACACCGGUGCCCGGCUCCAGUUCCUGCUCAAUUCUGCCCAACGGGCAGCCCAUCAAUGCCAAGACGAUACGGGUGUGGCAGAAGGGGGGGGUGCCGGUGCUGCCCCCGGUGACGGCUCUGAAGCGGGCCCUCAUCAGCAGCAGUCGCAACAGCCCGGACGAGGGCUACCAGGAGGGAUGCGGCACCGAUGUUUAGGCCGCCUCCCAGCGCCUCCCCCGCUCGAAGGACGGACACCAAGAACUGACUAAACUUAACAGAAAACCAGAUACAGAUACAGAUACAGAUACAGAUAUAGCUCUACAUAUACUCGUCGUACAUCCGAUAGAUACUUAGCUCUGAUCCUAGGCGAGGCGAUGAAUGAAACGAUGUUUGUGAUAGUGUCUGACAACAAAAGAUAUCAAAUGCGAAUGAAGAUAAUAAUUGGCGAAAGCAAACCAGAGAAGAGGCGGAGGAGGAGGAAGAGGAGGAGGAGGCGAAGGCACUACGACACUAACUAACGUAUACUUUCCUAGGCGAGUAACUAACUAACUAAACUAAACUAACUAACUAAUAUUGUAACUAAACUUAAGCGACAUGUACAUACCAGCAGAACCCCCCAACCCCCCCUCGAAAAUAAAAAACAAAUAAAAUUAAACAUAAAUCAAUUUAAAUGUCAAAAAUCCGAUUUGUAACCCAAAAUAUAUAGGUAUAUGCGUAUGUGUAUGUGUAUAUGUCUGUGUGUAAGUUUCCAGCUAGAAACAAAAAAUAUAAAAGCCACUCCGCUUUCACCCCAAAAAAAAAAGAGAGAGCGAAACAUUUGUAAAAUAUAUCAUAUUUAAACGUAUAAAUCAUCCACUAAAUGUAAAUAUUAGAAAUGCCCAUAGACAGCAAAAGAAAGCCAAUUACUGGAUCCAAAUAUGCUUAAAAAUCUGUGUACUUCUGUUAGCAAGGAUAAGCUUAAGAACGAAAACUGAAGCAAAGCAAAGCCCAACCCUAGAUCUACCCCAGGGAGAGCAGUAAAUCAAUAAUUGUUCGAUAGGAAACAAGUUUUGGGGAAUUUAUUUAUUUAUUGGCUGAAAAAAAAAGAGAGAAAAUAAAACACAGAAAAUUCGUAUCCCCGGGAACUGUCUCAAUCCACAAUCCCUUUUUAUUUUAUAUUUCAAAAAACCUUCAGCGCAUUCCAAAAAAUUCUAAAAAAAAGAGCUUGCCCUUUAUCAAAGAUCAAAUCACAUAUCUGAUCCCAAAUUUAAUCCCAAAACCCAUAAAAAAAAAACAGUUUGUGUAAAUCCCAAAAGAAAAUAAAUAAAUAUUAUUUAAAUAAAAAAUCAAAGAUUAAAUGACGAAAAUUUCCCCAUCAAAAAUCUGAACCCAAGUCCAAUCCCAAAACCCAUCAACAAUAAAGCAAAAAAGGAUUAAAAUGAUGAAAUUUAAAUAAAAAAUUAAAAAAUCACAAGAAAAAUAUUUUCUGUGAAGUCAAAAAAAAAAUAAAAAUUUUAAUAAAAAAUUAAAGAUUGAAUGAAAAAAUUCCCCUUAUUAAAGAUCUGAAACCAAAUUCAAUUUUAAAUCCCCACAGGGAUAAAAAUAAUUAAAUUUAAAUAAAAAUCAAAGAUUAAAUUACAAAAAUUCCCUUUAUCAAAGAUCUGAUCCCAAAUUCAAGCCCAAGGCCCAUUAACAACAGUUUCUGUUAGCCCAAAAAUGAUUAAAAUAAUGAAAUUUAAAUUUUAAAAAUAAUUGAUUAAAUGUCACAAUUCUCCUUAACAAAGAUCUGCUUCCAAAUCCAACCACAAAACUCACAAAAAAAUAAAAUAGUUUCUAUAAAUUUAAAUAAAAAAUCGAAGAUUUAAUGAAAAAUUUUCCCAUAUCAAAGAUCUGAACCCAAAAGCAUAACAAAAUCACAUAAAAAAUAGUGUCUGUGAGCUAGAAAACAAAAAAAUAAAAUAAAAAAAAUAAAUUAAAGUUAAAAAUUCCCCUUAUAAAGGAUCUAAACCCCAAAGACCAUCAACAAACCGUUUCCGUAAACCCAAAAAAUAAAUAUAAAUUAAAAGACAAAAAAAUCAAAGAAUAAAUUAAAAAAUUCCCCUUAUCAAUGAUCUGAUUCCAAAGCCAACCCUUAAGCUUCUAAAAAAAAAAAGUUUCUGUAAAUUUAAAUUAAAAAUCAAAAAUUUAUUGAAAAAACUCACCAUAUCAAAGAUCUGAGCCCAAAGCCCAUCCAAAAACAGUUUCUGUAAAUCACAAAAAAUAAAAAAGUUAACUUAUAAUUAAAAAUCAAAAAAUCCAAGUUUCAAAAUUAAAAAAGUCUAAUAUUUCACCCAGCUAAAAACCAAAUAUUCCCCAAUCCAUUGGGAAAGCCUUUCCCCCUAAAAAUCUUGCUGAAAAUCUUUUUGCAAAAUCCAGAAAAUUUGUGUGUAGCCCUUGCUCCGACACUGGCUGACAGCUUGACAGGAUUCCAAUUUGCUCGACCCAAGGACUAAAUGAAAAUUUGAAUGUGCCGAGAAGAAAAGCUUGACCCAUUUUCAACCCCCCAGCCCCCCCAGUCACAGCCCGUAAUCAAAUUAGGACGAUUUAAACAGUAAUUGCAAAGAGAAAUUCCAGCCGACAAAAAGUUGAUUUACUGCUGUCCCAGCAACAAGAAAAAAAUCAGAAAAAAACAAGAAAAAAUAAAGAAAAAUCUAAAAAUAAUACAAACAGAAUUUUUGUGUAAAUUUCAAUGUAAGCUUAGAACAAUUGCAAAAUCGAAUCAGAAAAAGAAAACAAAAAGGAAAUGAAGGAGAGAGAAAUGGUGGAGAGAGUAUUCAUUCAUUCAUCGACAGAUUCAUACGUAAAUAAGCAUUUGCAAAUUGUACUCAAAGUGCAGGUGACACAUAUCACAGAUACAGAUACAGAUACAGAUACACACGCAGACAGACAGACAGACACCCACAACACGGACAUGUACACAGACAUGCAGCAGUUUAAAGCGUAUCCAAAAGAUACAUACACAUAUAUAUUAAUUGCCCCCCCCC